GUACUUUCAUUUUCCUCCUAGAACAGAAGCUGGUUGAUAGCUGAAGUGAGACGCUCCAUCGUUCCCUUUCCCAGAGCAGGUACACCCCUAAGGCAGGACAAAAAAAUCCUUCUUGAUGGAAAACAAGAAUCAUCAUUUAUCUAGCUCCCUUCCAAGAAGCCCCUCACCAAGUACUUCGAUUCACACAAUUGAUUUACUGAAGACUGACCUUACCUGCUCCAUCUGCUGGGAGUGGCUUCGGGAUCCUGUCUCCCUUGAAUGUGGCCACAACUUCUGUGCUCAGUGCAUCACCUGCCAUUGGGAUUCAGGUGUUCCAGGUUCCCAACCACCUUGCUGCCCUGAGUGCCAGAGGAGGUGUGAUAGGAGGCAGCUAGUUCCAGACACCCGGCUUCGGAGUCUAUUGGAGACUAUGAACUUGCUUCAGCAGAACACAAACUCAAACCAGCCCUACAAUGUUUACAAUGGAGAGGCAAAGCAGCUGGUUCAAACUGACUCCACGGGAGGUUUCACCCUCUUUCCAGAGGUUCUGGCUCAAUGUCUGAAUCACCCUCAAGCCAAGGACAGUCCAGUCUGUCUCAUCUCUGUCCAGGGGGAGCUGAGAACGGGAAAGUCUUUCCUUCUCAACUAUCUAAUCCGAGGAAUGCAGGGUCUGGAGUCCAAGGAUCCCCAGUGGAUGAGAGGAGGAAGAGCUUUUUCAGGGUUCCAGUGUGAACCAGGAGCUGAAGGCAUCACUAAGGGCCUGUGGCUCUGGAGCCAGCCAUUUAUUCUGGAGAAGGAUGGGAUGAAGGUGGCAGUGUUUCUUGUGGACACAGAAGGUGCUUUGAGUCUAGAACAGGACAAGGAAAUGAAUGCUAAGCUCGUGGCCUUCAGUAUGCUGCUCAGCUCUCACCAGAUUCUCAAUGUCUCUCGGAUGGUCAAGGAAACAGAUCUGGAGCUUCUGGAGAUGUUCCUCCACAUUGCUGAAGAGAUGGGAGAAUAUUUUAAGAUGGAACCAAUACAGCAUCUGGAUUUCUUAGUUCGUGACUGGUUUUAUCCAGCUACAUUUGGAAAGCAGGCAGGCCAAAGAUACAUGAUUGAUGUGAUCCAGAAAAUUUCCGACAGAUAUCCCAGGAUUCAGAAGACUCUUAAGAGGGAACAAGCCUGCUGCUAUCUCUUGCCAUUUCCUGGAAAAAAUGUGGUAGUUAACAGCAAUGGAAAUCCAGAAGACAUGGAUGAAGAUUUCUAUCAAUAUCUACAUGACUACAUCAUUGAUGUUUGCAAUUCAGCCACUCAGCAUGUGAAAAGGCACUCAGAUGGACAUAUUCUCACUGGAGGGGAAUUAGCUGAAAACACCAAGACACUCUUUGACCUGUUAAAGAAGGAAGAAUUUGGAUUUUCAUCCUCGUUUGAUUCGGUGGUUACUCAGCUCCAUGAUCUGAGGAUGAUUGAGGCUGCUACAAAAGAGUUGGAGGAUUUUGUGAAGGAACAGAAUUCUGUCACGAAGCCCAUGUUUGCUUCUCUGAAGAUUCUUCCUGGAAACAUGCAGAAACGCCUCUCAGCCAAGAAAGAUAAAAUCUUAAAUCAUCUCAAAGAGACUUUGAAGAGCCCAGGGAAGAAUCAAAUCAUGAACAGAUUUGAGGAAGAUAUUCAGAAGAUAGUUAAGGACUUCCUGGAUUCUUAUAAAAAGCGUUUCUGUGGCCACACUGCUGCCCUGGGUGGACUCGCUGGGGCAGGAAUCCUGGCGGUGGCCGGUGGUGUAGUGGCAACUGCUGUGGUAGCUACUGCUUUGACUGUGGAGGCUGCAGCUGCGGCCACAGGGGCUACUAUGGGUGUCACAGUGGUUGGUUGUGGUCUAGGGGCUGGCAUUGGGGCUGCUGUGGGUAAGGCCAAAGGUAGGGAAAGAGUUCCUCAAGAGGGAGAGGAAAACCCUCUUCUGAAGGAUGAUGAAUGAACCCUGGAAAACCAAGUAGAAGGAAAGAGGGAGGGAGAAAGAGCAAUGAAGUAUGGGGCCCUUUGGACUACCAGACCUUGUUUGUUUAACAAGGUUAGGGCACUGGGGUGGUGGCUAGGAUAUUGUUGAGUAUUUGACCUAGCAAGUAAAAGAUGGACCCGGAUUUACUGAUCUAGUAGGAGUAAGCAGUGCUUAGGCCACGUAGGAUAUGGUGGCUUUAGGACCUAUUUCGUGGGCCUGUGUGGUUUGUCACUGAUUUUAUGCUCUUUCUAGAUUAGGUCUUCCCUGGGCUCCCUUCCUACUAUCUACUGGUAAUUGACCCUCCCCCUCCUAACUCUCCAUUCCCAACUCAGGAGGCAAUUAUUUCACCUGUCCUCAAAGACUGACCACAGAACAGUGUCCUGUUUCACUUCUACUCCCUGAGGCCAGAUAGGUCUUGGCCCUGACUAGGAGUGUAUGGAUGGUCUACCUGCCAUCUAGCCUGUACUUGGUCUGAUCUAAAUGAUUUCUGAAAAGAUAAGAUAGAGCCUAGCCCCCAAAUCCCAGUCUAAAGCAGACAGGAUACUAUUUUGUGCCUCAGGGAGUUUACUGAUCACAGCUAACCUAGACCAGAUAAAACCCCAGUCUAAAUUUCAUUGCUGAGAGAGCAGGGAACCUAUAGCAUCUAGCUCACUGUAGAGGGAAUGAAACCCUCAAUGGACUAAAGCAGAAUGCUCAUUGAAGAGAGAGGAAAGACAAAGAUGAUGGACCAAAUUACAGGGAGAACAAUGCCACGGAUGCCUGUUCCUACAUAGGAGCAAGUAGUGUUACUGCCAGAGAACCCUUCUAGUCCCUUCCCCGGUGCUAAAAUAGAACAUAAGGAAGCCAAAAUAUGCCUCUUUUUGGGGGGAGCAAAGUAUGUUGGAAAGAACAGUGGAUUUGGAGUCUGAAGACCUGGUUUCAAGUCCCAUCUCUUCCAUUAACUAUGUGACCUUGAGUAAGGCUCUUUAUUUUUCUCAUCUGACAAAUAAGGAUCCCUGUCUUAUCUACUUCACAAGACUUUUGUGAGAAGCAAAUGUGAAAGAGCUUUAUCAAUUGUAGUAUUUUAAGGAAGAGUCAAACCCACUCUAGUGGGUAGAUUUUUCAGGAUGCGGUUAAUUCAACUAGGGGCAACAGCUAUUGGCCAGUAUUAGGGAACAGAGGAUAAUGGGCUAGGCUCUUGAUGUAAAAGGAAUUGAUGGGUCUUUUUUGUGCUAAAUAUAAUAUAAAGGGAAGCAACAUUGUACAGUAGGGAAAAAAAGUAGCUUUAGAUUCAAAAGAUCUGAGUUCAAAUCCCAUCUCUGAUACUUAUCUGUGUGACUUUGGCUAGAGUUAUUUGACCUCCCUGAGCCUAAAUUUUCUUAUUAAUAAAAUUAAGAGAUUGGGCUAGAUGGCUUCUAAGAUUUCUUCCAGCUCUAGACCUGUGAUUUUAUGUUCAACCUAAAAUUGGAUGUCAAGGAUAUGAAUAAAUGAAUUUAAAAGCAUUUAUUGAAUACUUGCUAUAUGCAAAAUACUGUGCUAAGUCCCAGGCUUACAAAGAGAAAAGCAAGAAAGGCUUGCAUUUAUUGAAAUAGGCUAUAGUCUAAAUAAGGCCAGUGAAUUAGUACUAUUUCUUUGGGUUCUCAGUGUAGUGGCAUCCGCACUCUCUGUGCUCGCUCACUCAUCCCAAUCUACUUUUAUAAUGGCAGAUUUGAGUUUUGUUUUACUUCGUUUUCCCAGAAUAAGACAACUAGCCAGGGCCUCCACUAUUCUGCGACACUCACUUUCAGGAUCAGGACACUAAGAGUAACUUUGGCGUGGAGUAAAGACCCUCUUACUACUCAUCACCAUAAUGCCUUAGUCCUCACUUCUUUCCAUUUGCACAAAAUAAAUCUUAAUAACACCAUUGGCUCUUAAACAGAAGAUGUUUACUAAAUGGGAAAAUAAAAGUAACAAUCCUAACAUUUACUCAAUAGAAGGCAAAAGCAGAAAUAAUCCUAACGUUUACUCAAUGAAAGCCAACGGCAAGGAUAAUCCAAAUAUAAUAGUUUACCCACAAACCUGGAUGACCCUCUCCCACCAAUUCACAGAGUGUCCAUAGGGGAUAGUUGGCACAUAUAUAGGUGGACUCAUGUUCCUGGAGCAACUCAUGACUUUGGGCAGUAAGCCUUGAUGACCUGUAUCCCUUUAGGGAACAGUGCACUUACAUAACACCUACUAAGCAAAACCAUUUCUCUGCUGGCCGUUCUCUUUUUAUACUUCGCCACUGUUCUGCUGGGCAAAGUCACUUCUGUACUGCUCUUGGGUCACUGAAGCAGUGUCAGAAUCUUUUAGCACAUGAUCAAAUUUGACAGGAUGCUCAGGUAGUAUUAUGCUUGUUUAGCAAAAAUAUCUGAACAGCUCCCUGUGAAACAGUUGCAGAACUGUUGGUGGGGUUGUGAACUGAUUUAACAAUUCUGGAACACAAUCUGGAACAAAUCUGGAACCCAAAGGGCAAUCAAACUGUGCAUACCCUUUGGUCCAGCAAUUCUGUUACUAGGUCUCCGUUCCAAAGAGAU